AUGGCGGAGAUGGAAAGCGCUGAGCUGCAGCGGAUUUCCGCCAUUAGUUGUACCCCGUCGACGGAUGAAAUCCACGUGUGGACAAAUGUUUCCGAACGUCCGACUGGCGAGGACAUGGACAACGAGCGAGAAAAAUCGAUCGUUUACAAUUAUCUCUGCCGGCUGGAAGAAGCGAAACGGUGGAUUGAGGCGAUGAGUCAGACAAAGCUUCCUGCAGUUACCGAUGGAAUGGAAGAAAGCCUUGCCAACGGCAUUGUUAUAGCAAAACUAGGCAAAGCGAUCGCCCCAUCUAUUAGCAGCCGGAUCUUCGACGAGAAUCACGAGCACUACGAAACGAAGGGCCUCCACUUUCGGCACACAGACAACAUCAACAUUUUCCGAGAUGCGAUGACAAAGGUCUCUCUGCCGAGUUCCUUCUAUCCGGAAACUACUGACAUUUACGACAAAAAGAAUCUGCCGAGAUUGAUCUACUGUAUUCACGCGCUGGCGAUGCACCUCUCGAAAUUAGGCAAAGCGCCGAAAAUGGACGAUCUUGAAGGAAUCCUGAAAUUUACAGAAGAAGAACUUUCAGCCAUGCAAGUGGCCCUCGAUGGUUACGGAAUAAAGCUCCCUUCUUUCGCUAAAAUAGGCGGCAUUCUCGCUGCAGAGAUCUCUGAAGACGAGGCUCUUCAUCAUGCUGCCAUUUUGAGAAUCAAUCAAGCUCUCGAUGAGGAUAAUUUCGAUGAUUUGAAAGAAGCACUUUUGAAUCCAGAUGCGCGAAUCGAAGGUGUCAGUGAAGAUAACAUCGAAAAAUAUUCAUGCGAGAUGAAACACUUCAAAAAUAUCAAAGCCGAAUCUCAUUCGGCCGAGUCACUAGAAAAAGCAGCCCUCGAUCCAAAUUCAAGCUUCGCCAGCUUUGACAAUGAUGAUGUUUACCAAACUCGCCUGACGCACAGCGAAGUUCAAGAAGAAAUUUUCAAAAUUAACGCAGCAAUCAAGGAAGAAGAGGCAGCAAGUGCCCAACAACUACUUUCUGAAAAGCGUCUCGAAGCAGUACAGACAGUCAACGAAGUUGUAGCAGAUGGCGAAGCGGCUCAUAUUUUUGAAGCUCUUCAGGAUCCCUAUUUAGAAAUAAAUAGUGACCUAGAAGAAUCGCAUAAAUCAAGAUACGCUUCUAUUCUACAGUCCCACCUUGAAUGCUACGAAGAACUUGGAUACGAUGACAUCAAAGAGGCCGUGUAUGAGACUAAGAAACAGUUCGAAUUUAUGAAGAAAAGAUGCUCCGCAGUGAUGGCAAUCAAUCUGCUUCUCGAUGAGGAGGAUUGUGAAGAACGCUUCGAAGAGAUGCUUCUUACGGAUGUACUCGAGUAUCAGAUAUUCCCAGACAGUGUCCAGGCAUAUUACGAAGCACUUGUCGACGCAAAAGUGAAGAAAGAUAGUAGUCUUGCUGGAAGCAUCGAAACUGAUUGGAUAGUAGAAAUAAUCAAUGGCUCAUUCUUCUUCUUCGACACCCAAAAUCUUGAGGCUUACUGGGAAGCUCCUGAUUCGUAUGAUUAUAACUCGGAACAGAAAAUGCUCACCUCGGUGGAGAUCAAGGGGGUCGUAGAGGAUGUCACUGCUGCUCUCAUCAAGAUGGAAGCCUGGCAGCGUAAUACUCCAGCUGUAAUAACGAUUCAAUCGGCAAUCCGAAUGUUUCUACAAAAACGAGCUUUUCAAAGCCGACUGAAUUACCUGAAAGAACAAGAGCGCCCUGUAAUCGUCCUCCAGUCGUAUUAUAGAGGUUGGAAAGUAAGAAAAGAAAUGCGGGAGAAGAAAAAGCAUUGGGAAGCUAAUAUUGACAGCGUGUUGCUACUGCAAAGCAACUUCAGAAUGCUAAAAGAGCGUCUGCGCUACAUUCGAAGGUUGAAGUAUUUGAGAGAGCAAGAAGAUGUAAUAAUUCGAAUUCAAUCUUGGUGGAGAAGCUGUCACCUGCGCAAUGAUUAUAAAGGUGUUUCAAAAGGAACAGCAACUCUACGAGCGGUUCGACAUUUUGUUCACUUGCUCGAGCACACAGAUCUUGAUUUGAGCGAGGAAGAAGAAAUUUGCCAGUUGAAGAAAGAGAUCAUUAACAGAGUGCGAGAGAACGACGACUUGGACGAUAAGCUUGACCAAAUGGAUGUGAAGAUUGGACUUUUAGUAAAGAACAGAAUCUCACUUAAUGAUGCGAGUAACCACCUAAAGAAAAUCCGCAAGCAGAAAACAUCAUCAUCUUCUCUUGGAAACCGUGAAAAUUCAACCGUUAACCUGGGGCGACUCACCAAAGAAACGCAGCAAUUAGUGGACUCUUAUGAAAGAUUGUUCGCACUUUUGCAGACAGAGCCAAUUUACUUCUCCAAACUGCUCUUUUGCUUGCCAAUGGUCAAGUCUAACAACUUCGUUCAAAAUAUUGUGUUCGCCACUUACGACUACGCCCAGCAAAAGCGAGAGCAGUACCUUUUGCUCAAACUUUUCCGGUCUGCCCUUGAGGAAGAAAUCUCUCAGAAGGUGUCUACACCCAAAGACCUUAUGACAAACGGGGUUCUGGCAGUGAAAUUGAUCGUCAACUUUUACCGUGGAAUCGGCAUGAAAGUCGGAAGUAAUUAUGGAAACAGGGAAUCCCUUCGCGACAUUCUCGGCGAGCGUGUUAAAGAGAUCAUCUCGCGCUGUGAUGAGUUGAAUCUUGAGUGGAGCAUAGUUGAAACGUACAAAAAAUGGGCUCAGCGUAAAGAAACAGAAAACGGCGUACUCGUUGGACUUGACGCGGAAAUAACUGAAGACAAAGCAGCGGCUGUACCAGAAGUUGUGGAAAUUUUCGAAGAAAACAUCACGAAAUUGACAUCACUUGUUGAUGGGUUCAUGUCUUCAAUAACUGCCUCAGUAAAAAGUCUUCCUUACGGACUUCGAUACCAAGCGAAGGUGAUGUAUAAAGCUCUUGCAAAUAAAUUCCCUGAUGCAUCGGAAGAACUGCUUCUUGUUUCCGUAGGAAACCUAAUCUACUAUCGGUUUUUAAAUCCAGCGAUUUGCGCGCCAGAAGCCUUUGACGUUAUUGAUCUUCCUGCCGGAACAGCUCUUGACCAAAAGACGAGGAAGAAGCUCGGUCAGAUUGCCCGCUUUUUGCAGCAUUCCGCAUCCUAUACCACAGGCAAAGACAUCGCUGACGGCUCCUUGCCGCCGAAGACAGCGGAGCACGAGACGAUAAGAAAAGCGACAGCUCUAAAUUCGAAGCGUUUCCGAACUUUUUUCAAGGCAGUUAUCAACGUCGCGGAGCCGGAAGAGGUUUUUCAAAUGUCCAAAUACUCUGAUGUUGUUGAAAUCGAAAAACCGAAAAUAACGCUGACAAUAAAAGACCUUCUUGAGACGCACAAACUUCUCCUACAAUUUUCGGAAUCAAUUACUUCGAAUCAAGAUGAUCCUCUCCACGAUCUGCUUGCUGGAAUGAAGGAGAUACCAGAGCCAGAGGUGCUUCUUGGAAGCGAAUUUAGAAAUAUAAACGACUCGGAUGCUCUCUCCUAUCAUAUUCAUCUCAGUUUGUCCGUGAAUAUCGACCAGAGUGACGAGGACGCGCUUGCCAUGGAAAUGCGCAAACUUCUCAAUGAGACAAAACGCCUCCUCUGUACGGCGAUCGAGUAUCAAUCCUCUAGGAAUCUGCGAGAGUAUUUAAACGAGGUUGUUCCAUUUGAAACAAUGAAAAAGUACUCCACAGACACGCAAUCAAACUUGAUGAACGACCGUGAGACUAUCAAGGCCAACGUCAAGACCCUCAUCGCGAAUGGAAUUCUCGAGUCGGAAGACGAUCUGGUGAAGCUGAUUUGCGAAGACAUCCGUGAAAAACACCGCCUCAGAAGAGCACGCAAGAGCGAAAUCGAACAGCUCCGUCUCACCCGAGCAAGACUGAUAAACAAGCGCAAGUACUACGAAGAACAGCGUGAAUAUUACGAGCGUUACAUUGCCGAUUGCUUGGCCAAACAGUCGGUCGACGACAAGCAGGCAAAGUCGAAACCAGCCAAGGGCGCCUCGUUCCGCUUGAAGUCGAGAAAAGAAAAGAAGGAGAUCAAAUAUAGCGCGGAACAGCUUAUCAAGAAGGGCAUCCUACUAAGUCUAGACGGGGAUGAAGUUAAGAACACGAAGCAUCUCAAGUUCAUUAUCAAACCUUUGUUGGUCAAUGGACAGUGGUCUAUCGAAGCCUUUUACCUUGGCGUCAGCGUCUUCACAACAACGCUCAUCUUGCAAGACCUCUUGCAAAAGCAGUAUGAGAAUGUGUCUGUCAUCAAGCUGGACGAGAAAGCGAAAGUCAACGUGAAUCUGCUCAUUCACCUACUCAAUAAGAAAUUCCACACAGCCUUGUAA